AUGUCUAAUACUGGGAUGAAGGAAGCAAAGAGGCAAUUGUGGACUAGAAAUAUGAGUUACUCCAUCGAAAUUGGAUCGGGUACAAAGCGAGGGAUGGAGAAAGAGUUGGACUUCAGCGAUGCCUCUUUCUUCACUGCAAACCCGGAAGGGCGCCUGCCUACAACAGCUGAGGUGAGAGCCUUGUCCAUGGACGUCGAUAUAGCUCCCAAGCCCGUUCCUGUAAAACACGAGGACCUCGGCUUGAUUGUUAAAUUUGCCCCCCAUACCACAAUCACUGAGGCACUGAAUCUUUGGAUGAUCGAAAAAGUAUUUGGUGACGACAUACCCGCUCCUGAGGUCUUUGGCUGGCGUGUCGAUGACAGAGGGUAUGUUUGCAUAUACAUGGAGCUGAUCAAGGGGUCUGUCCUCGGGGAUUGUUGGGAUCAGCUUAGUGUGGUAGAGAAAGGUGCCAUGAAAGAUCAGCUAUCUAAUAUCAUGGAAAGACUACGCAGCCUUGCGCAAGAUCCAUCGGACAGAUUUAUCGGAUCGAUUGAUCACGGACAUUUGUUGGACUACGUGUUUAUUGAUCAACCGAAAACUGGCCCCUUCCCAAGCAUCAAAAGCUUCAAUGACUGGUUCGCUCUUUUACACCAACUACGGUUUAAGCACCGAUACGACGACCCCAACCGAUGCUUGCUGCCAGAUGACGGGGAGAUCAAGCUGACACAUUGUGACUUGAACCGGCAUAACAUGAUUGUCGUAUCUACUAGUCCUGCUCGGCUUGUCCUCAUAGACUGGGAGCAGGCGGGUUGGUACCCAGAUUACUGGGAAUAUUGCAAGGCCAUGUAUACCUGCUUCAUGGGAACUGAGUGGCACACCGACUAUAUUGAUAAAUUCUUGCAGCCUCGAACGGACGUGUACGAUGUGUUUUCUGAGUACACAAUGGCUAUGGGGGCGGUUUGA